GAUAAUCGCACCAGUCGAAAAAUGGGUGACAAUAUCAACGACGAUGACGAAGACCCCAUCGUAGAGGACGAGGAUGAUCGUCUAUCAACCGUUACUGAAUUACAUGACAGUGAUGAAGAAAUCGUUAAUGGAGACGAUGACGAGCAAGAUACGGCUGAAGGCAUCGACAACGAGCACGAUAUGGACGACGAAGAUAUUGACAGUGAUGCUGAGGAAAUGUCUCUCCGUGCGGCCUUGAGGAAAGAGAGAAUGCAUAGCUCUAGCAAAAUUGAGGGUGUACCACCUGGGCCUUCUGUUUCGGCCCCUACUCUCAUUCCAAAGAGGCAGAAAAUUAUGAGGACAGAGGAGGAGGAAGAGGAGCCCAUCAUUGGCUUCUCUCAGGAGGUGGAGGUCCACACGACCGACCUCGACCUGCUAACUCUUGUGGCUGAGUUUGAAAGUGUGUCUGCACGAAAAGCGAAGAAAAAGCUGACUCUGCAGGCCGUCAAGGAUGAUGCUGCUGGUGAGAAUGCCCUGACUGCCCACUGUUUAAGUCUAGAGUUCCUCUCGAGGAAGAACUUCCUCACCUCUAUGGAGACAAAGUUGACCCGCCUCAAGAAGCUGGCGGAGGCUCAAGGUGGUCAACUAUUGAACUUCACUUCCAGGCCGUCUCAAAGUUUGAAGAAGUGGUGAAGUUACAGAAGUCGAUAUAUUGUGUGUGAUUGUGGAACCUAUAAA